ACUUCAAACUUCAACAAAUCCCAUGAUUAUUUUCUGUGGAAUGCCCAGAGGUUAGUGAGGAUUCGUCUUCCGUAUGUUUCAAGGGGAAUUUGGCGUGAAAGAUAAGGUGGAAAGAAUGAAUGGAGUCCCUGGACUGUUGCUCUAAUUUGAGUUUGUCCUGUUGUGAUAAUUGUCUUCCAACCAGUGGUCUCGAUCUUGACAGAAUUCUUCGUGGUGAGGAAUUUCAGAUCUAGAUCUGCAGAAACCAAGUUUUGUUCAUAGAUUUGCCAGGCUGAGAUUUUUCAUCGUCUGCAGGCAGUAGAUGUAAUUUUUCUGAGGUUGUAUAGUUGGGGUAGGCUUUGCAGUCGCCAUAACUGAUUUACAAACUGAGACUCCUAAAAGAGGUUUUUGUGUUUGCAAAAGCUGUAAUAUUGCGAAACAGGAUUGUUUUCCUGGCCUGAAAGUUCGUAGCAUAAAUAUAUGCUGAACGUUGCCUGUAAUUGUAUCUUGUGGCUGCGGAAGAAAGAGCUUAACGAUAUGUUAAGUAAAUCGACCAAGAUUCAAACAAUUAUACCUACAAAUAUGCUGAACUUUUUUGAGAAUGGUCAACAUCCAGUUUCAGCAGAUUCCGGGGAGUUUUAUCAUUCUUCAGUUACUCCUGGACACGCGAGGUGUUUAAUUUCAUUCGGAGUUACACGUUUAUAAAUUAGAUGAGAAAUAGAGCUUUUGUAAAUAUAGAUUGUAGCCCAGUUCCAGAAUAUUAAAAAUGGUUGUAGCCAAGUUUCAGGCAAGAAAAUCCAGUAGAAGGUCCAUGUAGCUAUCCGCCUGCAAUUUGUUUUGGUGCAAAUUUUGUCGAAGGUAGAGGAGAAUCCAUGCUUUGUUCGCCUCGUUUUCAGAUAGAAGGAAAUUCUCGAAAAGAGAGGGGUCUCAAGAGUUUACACCCUUCGGCUUCAGGAUAUGCAGUAAUACGGGAGGACGAUCAUAUGACACGGUACAGGUUGCUUGAAGAAGAAAAUUUGAGGCCGAAGAGAAGUAGGUACAACAGUGCAGAAAGGGAAGAGAAAGGAGUUGUUCAGGAGAGCUAUGAAAAUGUAAGUGCGGCUGUUCAAUCCGACUCCAUGUUGAAGGUGAGCAGCGGAGACUCGGAAAUUACGGCUGAACAAAUGGCGGAGAGGAGCUCGGGGAUUACUAGUAGCUCUGAUGGUUAUGACAAUAAUAAUGGAUGCACCCUGAAAUUGGAUCUUGCUCAAUCGUGCAGGACAGAGGCCUCCGAGGCUGCCAUUAAUCAGCAAUUAUAUACUGUUACAGAAAAGUUUCAUGAAACUUUUUCUGAUUCAGGAUUACACAAGUCAAAUGUUGAGGAUAGCCAAGCAAUGAACAGAUCCGAGCGAUUUUGUUCUCCUUUGAGGCAGCCAGUUUCUGGAAAGGACGAGGACUGGCUUGCGCUAGGACUUGGCUGCGGCCAUGCCAGUGGUCAGUCCAAACAUUUAUCCAACAAACCGCACCUGGAAAUGGCAAAAGAUGCCAAUGCAUCAAUAAUAACCUCGAUUGAAGAUAAAAUUAAGAAUGAUCAUCUACCUCUACUGUCCCAUACCUUCAACGCCGGCCAUAAAAGCAAACUGACUACACAAUUACCGCCAUCUUCUUCCACUAUUCAAGCCCGACUGUUUUCCUUUCCCAACAUUUGUAAUUCCAUCUCUCCGCCUCUCCCGAAAGCCGACAAAUUUAGUUUACAGAAAAAUACUAGUGAUUCGAGCUCUUUCUCGGCGCUGAGUCCAUUGCAGCAUUAUACUAUGCAAGAUCAGCAAAGGUCUCAAAAUAUUGCAGUCUUUCCAUCGAUAAAGCAGUUAUACUUAAACUUGCAGGGGCAGGCAAGCGGAGUAAGGCCUUGGCAGUCGAAACAAGCGGCGUACGAUCGGAUCUCAGAGGUACGCUUGUGUGAGCCGAGAAUCGCUGCUUCGACUCACGGUAUCCACAGGUUUUCUCCAGGACAGAAGACUUUUAAUAGCACAACCGUUUCCGCUCUUCCUCGCCAAAAUUCAGACAUUCGAGCCCCCGCUACUGGCCUGCUGCAGCAGACAAUAAGAGAGAAAAUGCAGUAUAACGGUUUAGAUAAUUUCCCCUCGUGGACUAACCAAGAAAUUACCUCCACCAAAAUUUCUCCGCCUCAUAGAACACCGCCAUUCAGACCGCAGCAAUAUUCCCUAAGUGCACUUCUGUCGGACAGAAACAUGGCGCAGGGGCCUUCCUCUCAGUCUCACAGGGUUCUAGAUUCUUCCUGGAAGGAAAAUGUAAAGAUUUUAAAGCCUCGGACAGCCGCUCAAACAAGUGUAUGGUUCGCGCUUCACGCUCUGAAAGAUCAAAACGGAGAUCGUAUGUUGCCGCAGAUUCAAAAGAAUUAUUUGAGAAUCAAGGACGGAACGAUGACCGUACUCGUCUUGAAAAAGUACCUGGUGAACAAGCUGGGAUUGAAUAGCGAAUCAGAGAUUGAGAUCAUGUGCAAGGGAGAGCAUUUGUUGCCUUCGCUGACAUUGCAAUACGUAAGGGAUGUCAUGUGGUUGCCCUCCUUCAGGAACGAUGAUGAUGAAAUUUCUAGUUAUUCUUCAAAUGCCCAUCUCAUGGUCUUGCAUUACCAGAGAAACCGAUCUCAGCCUGCUGCUACCACUCAAUUUCAACCGAGAUGACAGCCAUUUGAAGUCUGAUUUUUUUGAGAUGAUGAUUUAUCAUUUAGCUUGUUUAUGUAUAUCUGAUCAGAUUAUCAGCAUCACCUCUGCAUGCAUAUGAAACCCAAUAGGCAUAUAUACAUAGGAUUUGUCUAACCCGAAAAAACUAAUAAUCUUCCUUCUAGGUCUAUGUAUCUGUCUAUGGGAGUUUCAUCUACAGUUAGAGGUGAUGUUGGUAGUUGGGGAUGUGCCAAAGAGGAUGAAUAAAUAGCCAUGAAUGGUAGAUUAUGAUGAAUGUAACAGUGAUGGAAUGAGUCCAAAGUAACAUUUGUGGAUUGUAAUGUGUCAUUCUUUAUUUUGGAUGUUUUCAUAUCAUAGUAUUUAUUUACAUGUAUCCCGGUAUUUUGAGUA